AUGAGCAAGAUGGAGAAACUUAGACGCUUCCGAGAGUCCAUGCUUUCGAUUCAGCCCAGGGUGGUUGUCGAAGUGGCAGUACGAUUGUCUAUAGCUACCGUCGUAAGCUACUAUCUAUCCCAAUUUCUCUUCUGCCAUAAAGCUAUUCCGGUUAUAGAAAAUGUAUUCCAAGCUACUCCCUUGGUGAACUGGAUGGCUUUUCGGUUAGAUCCAGAUCGAUUGCCUAAGAUGUAUCGUUUGUGGCCUCCACAUGCACAUAUUGGUAUUACUGCAAUGUUCACUGUAACUUUCUAUAUNCCCAGGGUGGUUGUCGAAGUGGCAGUACGAUUGUCUAUAGCUACCGUCGUGAACUACUAUUUAUCCCAAUUUCUCUUCUGCCAUAAAACUAUUCCGGUUAUAGAAAAUUUAUUCCAAGCUACUCCUUUGGUGGACUGGAUGGCUUUUCGGUUAGAUCCAGAUCGGCUGCCUAAGAUGUAUCGUCUGUGGCCUCCACAUGCACAUAUUGGUAUUACUGCAAUGUUCACUGUAACUUUGUACAUUCUUCUGAAGUAUUUUAUGACUCCUGACCAUGUAUGGCAACUGCUCGGACGCCGAGCUCCAACUGAGGAAGAAAAAGAAUCCAGUCAUCUCCAACGGCCGUGCUCAGUGCUGGUAGCACGCCUUCUGUCGGCAAGUGUCGUGGCCAUGGCAGUUUUUGUGCUGUUGCUACCAAUGCAACGUCUUGCCGAAAUGCAUAUCUUUGUAAUCGUUCUCAAUUUUCUCCAUGUUUUUCUUGUAUGUGAACUAUCAUCUGUCAUAAUGUUCCUCUUUACUGGUUUCUGUACUGAGAAAAUAAAGGAAGAAUAG